CCGCAGGGACUCCUGAAGACAAGGGUGGCGCACGCUUUGCCUUGGCACCGUCCACAGGAGUCUAAAGGAUGGAGCCCUUGGAGGACCGGCUGCGGCGGCUGCGGGAGGCCUUCGGUGCGGGGUGCACGCGGCCGGCCGAGUUCCGGGCUGCGCAGCUCCGGGGACUGAGCCGCUUCCUGCAGGAGAACAGGGAGCUCCUGCAGGCCACGCUGGCCCAGGACCUGCACAAGUCGGCCUUCGAGGCGGAGGUGUCCGAGCUGGGCAUCAGCCUGGGCGAGAUCAAGCUGGCCCUCAGGAAGCUGCGGGCCUGGGCCAAAGACGAGCGCGUGCCCAGGAACCUGGCCACUCAGCUGGACUCCGCCUUCAUCCGGAAGGAUCCCUACGGCCUGGUGCUGAUCAUCGCCCCCUGGAACUACCCAGUGAACCUGACGCUGGUGCCCCUGGUGGGGGCCAUCGCCGCAGGGAACUGUGUGGUGCUGAAGCCCUCGGAGCUGAGCUGCAGCACGGAGAAGGUGCUGGCCGAGGUGCUGCCCCGGUACCUGGACCAGAGCUGCUUCGCCGUGGUGCUGGGGGGCCCUGAGGAGACCAGGCAGCUGCUGGAGCACAGAUUCGACUACAUCUUCUUCACAGGGAGCCCCCGUGUGGGCAAGAUCGUCAUGGCGGCCGCCGCCAAGCACCUGACGCCCGUCACCCUGGAGCUGGGCGGCAAGAACCCCUGCUACGUGGACGACAACUGCGACCCGCAGACCGUGGCCAACCGCGUGGCCUGGUUCCGCUACUUCAACGCCGGCCAGACCUGCGUGGCCCCCGACUACGUGCUGUGCAGCCCCGAGACGCGGGAGCGCCUGCUGCCCGCCCUGCAGAGCGCCAUCACCCGUUUCUAUGGCGACGACCCCCAGAGCUCCCCCAACCUGGGCCGCAUCAUCAACCUGAAGCAGUUCCGGCGGCUCCAGGCCCUGCUGGGCUGCGGCCGCGUGGCCAUCGGCGGCCAGAGCGACGAGAGCCAGCGCUACAUCGCGCCCACAGUGCUGGUGGACGUGCAGGAGGCGGAGCCGGUCAUGCAGGAGGAGAUCUUCGGGCCCAUCCUGCCCAUCGUGACGGUGAGCGGCCUGGACGAGGCCAUCGCCUUCAUCAACCGCCGGGAGAAGCCCCUGGCCCUGUACGCCUUCUCCAACAGCAGACAGGUGGUGAGGCAGGUGCUGGCGCGGACCAGCAGCGGGGGCUUCUGCGGAAACGAUGGCUUCAUGCAUAUGACCUUGGCCAGCCUGCCCUUCGGAGGAGUGGGUACCAGCGGGAUGGGCAGCUACCACGGCAAGUUCUCCUUCGACACCUUCUCCCACCGCCGCGCCUGCCUGCUGCGCAGCCCCGGCAUGGAGAAGCUCAACGAGGUCCGCUACCCGCCCUACUCGCCAGGCCGCCUGCGCGCGCUACUGCUGGCCAUGGAGGAGCGCAGCUGCGGCUGCACGCUGCUCUGAGCCCCCCGACCCCGCCCGCGGCGCCAGCCACCUGCUCCCGGAGAGGGGGCCGCCCCAGCCUCCGUGUCCCCCCUGUGCCUG